AUGCGAACUCAUACUGGCGAAAAGUCUUUUUCGUGUGAACACUGCUCCAAGUCGUUUCAUUAUGCUUCAACUUUGAAGCAACAUUUGAGUGCUCAUGCCGACGAAAAACCAUUUUCCUGUGAAUAUUGCCCCAAGACGUUUACCCUCGCUCAUCAUUUAAAGGCACAUAUGCGAGUUCAUGCUGGUGAAAAACCCCACUCCUUGUUUUCUGAAAAUUCUAAUUUAAAGAAACAUUUGAGGAUUCAUACUCAAGAAAAACCUUAUUCUUGUGAGUAUUGUUUUUCGGCAUUUGCUCAGUCUGAAUCUUUAAAACUACAUAUGAGAAUUCAUACUGGUGAAAAACCCUACUCGUGUGAACAUUGUUUCAGGGCAUUUUCUACAAACUCAUAUUUAAGAAAACAUUUGAGGAUACAUACGGGCGAAAAACCCUAUUCAUGUGAAUAUUGUUCCAGGGCAUUUUCUCAACCUAACUCCUUAAAAGGACAUUUGAAAACUCAUACUGGAGAAUAA